AUGGGUUGGCUAGGGAAGUGUGGACUAUUGUUGGGUCUGGGAACAGUUACGUAUUUUGUGCGGUGGUUCUACAUCGGCCGAUUGUACGAUAGUAAAAGGAAGUUCCAGAACGGUGAACUGAUCGUACUGACCGGAGCAAACUCUGGCAUCGGGUUAGCAACCGUGCUGGAAUUAGCCGGUCGCGGAUGUCAUCUUGUUGUUGGGACGCGUUGUGCAACCGUGGGCCAAACACUCCGUGACAGGGUGCUUCACCAGUAUCCUGCCGCAACGAUUGACGCAUUCGUGCUGAAACUCGAAUCGCUCGCCAGUGUGACUGAAUUUAGUGAAAACGUGCGAAAUCUCAACAAACCCCUUUAUGCACUGAUAAAUAACGCGGGAGUAUUUUAUGUGCCACCGAGUCUUACCGAAGACAAGCUAGAGUAUCUGUAUCAGGUGAACUAUUUGUCACACUUUCUGCUGACAUUGCGUCUACUGCCUGCGCUAAAAGAACAACCGUGCGAUAGCCGCAUCGUGAACGUCGUUUCGCAAGCGCAUCGCUCGGUAAGCGAGAUACCGACGAACACCGAACGUUUUUGUGGUUCCCUGUUCCCCGACACAGCUUCCAAUCGGUUCCAGGCAUAUGCUUACAGUAAGUUCUGUCUGGUGCAGUUUUCCUACCGUCUAUCGCAGCUGCUAGCAGCAAGCAGCAACAACCCGUCCGUGCACUGCAUCGAUCCGGGUAACGUAGAAACGGCCAUCUAUCGUCACUUUCCACCGUUGGCGAAUCGGGUGUUAUUCUACCUGCAAAAACCGCUACGAAUUUUCCUCAUCAAAACACCGCACGAAGGUGCACAGGCCGUACUGUACGCGGUGUUAUCUGAACAAAAACCACCAUUCUACGUACGACGGUUCUGGGGCAAACGGGCAAGCGAUUUUGACGAAAUUAAUCCACUGGUUCGCAAGGAACAGCUCGCCGACACGUUAUGGAAACGGAGCCGGCAGCAGAGCAGUCAUCAGCUGCUCGAAAUGACGAUCUAA